AAGCACAGACACUAUGCACGUACUUUGAACUUGGAGACAUAAACAUGCGCAUGCACAGAUGUCUCGUUUGGUCUUGUGGACUGUGUAAGAGGUGACUGGACUUAAGACGCUUAUUUAAAGGUUCACCCCUUCAGGAAUGACUCACCACAGAAGCCAACCAGCCAUGUGGCGUGUCCUGGCCUUGCUACUAGCCCUCUCCAGCGGCGCUCUGUCGCUGGACAAACUCAACAUGUGCAUGGACGCCAAACACCACAAAGUCAACCCUGGCCCUGAGGGAAAACUUUACUUCCAGUGUGCUCCCUGGCGUGAAAAUGCAUGCUGCACUGCCAACACCACCAUAGAAGCCCACAACGACACCUCGUACUUGUACAACUUCAACUGGAACCACUGUGGCGUCAUGAGCCCCGAGUGCAAGAAACAUUUCACCCAGGACACUUGCUUCUAUGAGUGCUCGCCUCACUUGGGACCCUGGAUUCAACCAGUGGAUCAGAGCUGGCGUAAGGAGCGUAUCUUGGAUGUGCCAUUGUGUAAGGAGGACUGCCACAGUUGGUGGGAAGACUGCAAGAAUGAAUUUACCUGCAAGGCGGACUGGCACAAGGGAUGGGACUGGAGCUCAGGUGUUAACAGAUGCCCUGAUGGCAGCAAGUGCAGGAAGUGGACCGAAGUUUUCCCCACUCCCAAGUCCAUGUGUGAGCAAAUCUGGUCCAAUUCCUACCUUUACACCACUCACUCCAAAACCUCAGGCCGCUGCAUGCAGCUCUGGUUCACGGGGUCUAACCCCAACAGGAAGGUAGCGGAGUACUACCUCAACAACGCACAGCAACACCAAAGCGUUGCCCUGACAGCGCUACUUCUCCCGGCUGUUGCAUGUGUCUCUGUAAUGAUGUACUAAAAUGUUAACCUCUUGUAUCGCCUCAGAGCUACCAAAUUAUCUUCUGCCUCUGUAGCUUUCUCACCUCCUUUUGACGAGAUAGUUCAACGACACUGGACAGUGCAAGAUUUGUUGCUGUAUAUUUCAUAAUUAAACCUGUAAUUGGGCCUAGAAUUUUUCUGUUGUUCCUUGUG